AUGCUGAGAGCUGCAGAGGAUGUCAGCAUGGAACAGGAAGCCUUGGGUUCUCAAAGUGGUGAAAUGGUCAGCUGGGACAUCAAUGACAUCAAGCUCCCCAAGGUAGGUAUAUAGAAUUCCAAGAGUAUUGUAGAAAUUGCAGCUACUCUAAAAACCAUCAUAUUCUGUCAUUAUAUUAUAAUAUAUUAUUGAUUUGCUUACUUGAUCAUUCAUUUGCAUAAUUCCAUCAGUGUAUGCACAACAGAUAAUACCUCUUUGCUGCCAUUGUGCUUUAUAAUUCCCUUGCAGUUGAAAACUCUUGAAACUCAAGUCAGAAGUUCAGCAGUGACAGCUCAGUUGGUUUUAGCAUGGUGCUGAUAAUGCCAAGGUUGCAAGUUCAAUCCCUGUGUGGGACAGCUGCAAAUUCAGGCGGUUGGACUAGAUGAUAACAAUAUUACUUACUGUUUUUAUUUCUUUACUAUAUUAUUUCUUUAAGUCAUUUGUAUACCGCUAAAUUAUUUGUAACUCCAGGUGGUGUACAUUUUUAAAAAUCCACAGCCAACAGGGUGAUGAAACAAAAAAAAUCAUAAAACCUGAGAAUUUUUUUAAAAAGAUUAUAUCCAUCUCAAAAAAGAAAUUCAAUGUGACAAACGAAGUGAAACAACAGCAAUUCAAUGUUUUAAAGUCAUGGGUGGUAAUCAACUAAGUUUUACUCAGAGUAAACCCAUUGAAAUGGAUAGCCCUAGCUUAGUUGUGUGCAUUAGUUUUCAUGGGUCUACUCUGAGUGAGUAAAAUGUAGUUGCAUGCCACCCAGUAUGCCACCCACUUUUACUUACUACAACAGUAAUAAAAAAAAAAACACCCAUGUUACUAUGACAAUUGUCAACAAUGAUGAUUUCUGGAAACAGUCAAAAGGCAAACUGUGCUUUAAACAAAAAGGCUAGAAAAGAAAAGAUUCAUCAAAAGUUUUUGAAGAUUCAAAUUUUUGCCUGUUACCUAAAAUGAAAGAGCAACAGGUCCUAAUGGAUUUUGGUGGGGAGAUUGUUCUGCUAUAGGGUGGCUGCAACUGAGUUGAAUUCAUUUGGUCAAAAUGGGUUUGGCGGUAGCUUGAAUGAGAUUCCCAGCAAAGGUUGGUCAUUCGGCACAUAUAUCGUGUUACCUUCUUUGACUGCAUGCCACCAGGGACUUCUGGGCAUUGUGCAAGCCUCAUGGAGGCGCAUGAAAAUGCACUCAUAACUGCUCAAAACUGAAAUAUUUUUAAAAUACGUCUUCAAUUUCUAAACAUUGUCAAAUAAAACAUAUAUUAUAGCAUUAUUAGACUGUAAUUAGAGCUAAAUGUUAACAGGGUAACUUAAGCUGAAGUUGCAACAGGAAUUUGAUAGGUGUUAUUGACAAAUACGUUGUGAGGGUCUUAGUUCUGGGACCUCUGGACUUUGCAAAAGUUAAGAGCCUUUGCAUCACACUCAUUCCAAUGCGAAAAGAAAUUAAGUCCUGUGAAAUAAAAAGUUAAGGAGAGUGAAGAAAGUGAAAAACCCAUUGAGAUGUUAAAACCUAUAGGAUUUGGUUGGAUCAUGCCUAGUAUAGAAAACAAUCCUAGCUCUAUAAGUAGACUUUGUUCAAACAAUAUCUUUGCUGUGGGAGUAAUGACUGUUGCCUCCAAAGACAUCUUGUGGUUUCUAUGCAAAAUUCUCAUAUUUAUGGUAGAUCCCAAUCAGCUGUAGCACAUGCAGGCUGGAGUGUUUCAUUCAUGUUUACAACCAUCCAUGUCACAGAAACCAUAAAUUUUCAUGAUGUCAACUUGUGGUUAGAUAAUAGUUGACAAUAUCUGAGAUCCAACCACUAGCAAGCCACAGUGCCGUGAAUGGAUAUACAGGUAUCUAUGUUUUUCUGUGUCAAAAGUUGCCAGAACAGAUAUAGUGCUUGAUCAUUUUCCCUGAAUUUAUUUCUUUAUUUGAUUAGAUUUCAUACCCACUCUUUAUCAUACAGUCCCAGGUUGAGUGGCAACAAUAAAAAAUAAAAUUAUAAAAUAGAAAAGCAUAAAAAAUUGAAAACACUUCCACAUAUAAAAACAAUACAAAUAUUUUAAAAGAAUUCCACGUUUAAAAAUAGUUCUAGUACACCAGUGGAACUGGGGUAAAGUAAAUUGAAAAAGUAAUUUGUAAUUUUUAUGCAGGUGAUCUUGAAAGGUUGAAAAGCCACCAGAACUUGCAUGCUAUUUCUUUCCCUCUUUUUUCUAUCAAAAAAAUCUUCCAAAAGUCAAACACUCAGAUAUGAAUGGGGAAUGAAUGACCAGUCCCCUCUGUGAUGUGAUCAGUUCAGCCCAUUCAUAAGAAUGCACAUUUGUCCCAAGGAGAUAUCUCUGAUGUUAUAUAUGUAACCUUCAGCACAAAUCAUGAACAAUAUGCAAAUAUCCACAAGCAAACAACAAGCAUUGUUGCUCUCCAUAUCUGCCUGGGUUCUCCUGCUCUACAGUACUUUGAAGAUAGAGCGUGACUGCUCUCCUUUAGAAUAUGAUCAGCUGUAGCACAUUCCUAUUGGAGGAAAACCAUCAGUUUUGUCCCAAGAGACAUCUUUGAUGUUCUGGAAUUAGGCUUUUGCUUCAUUGGCACAAAUUGUUGAGUGUUAUGCAGAUGUGCAUAUCCAAACAGCAAGAAUUGAUAUCGAAGCACAUUCUUUUCCUCAAAGAAUUCUGGGCACUGUAGUUUACCCGUCACAGAGUUACAAUUCCCAGCAACCCUCGACAAACUACAGUGCCCAGAAUUCUUUGAUGGAAAGAAUUAUGCUUUCAAGGCAGAGUGUAUAUGCAGCCCUUAUCUGCCUCAGUUAUCAUCCUCCAUGCUGUUCUAAUUAAAAUGGUAUGUACCUUCAGCCAUUCAUCAGCCCUGAAUGUUUAUAAAGUUUUAUUGACAUUAGGCAGAGACCCCCUAUGUUAUUUUAGACAUCUUCUGAGGCUUUUUUCUAAUUUCAGCAAGUCUACCCAGACAUAUAAUUUAGUGACCUACCUUCGUUUGAAAAGUUUAACUUACUGUGUCUGUCUUUGCAUAAUUAUUUUAUGUGUAAUUGUUUUCUUUAUAGUUUUGUGGGUUUCAGUGUUUCAUCUACAGUAUUAUUAUGCACAUCUCUUCAAGAGCGGUUUCAUUGAGCAGUUUAGAAAUAUUUCCAAAUUAAUUACAGUGGUAUCUUGGUUCUCAAACUUAAUCCGUUCCAGAAGUCUGUUCCAAAACCAAAGCGUUCCAAAACCAAGGUGCGCUUUCCAAUAGAAAGUAAUGCAAAAUGGAUUAAUCCAUUCCAGGCUUUUAAAAACAACCCCUAAAACAGCAAUUUAGCAUGAAUCUUACUAUCGAGACCACUGAUCCAUAAAAUGAAAGCAGUAAUCGAACUGUACUAUAAAAUAAAUAAGACAGUAUCGUAGAUGAUAAAAAUUAAAAAUAAAUAUUUUUCAUACCUGCACUGAUGAUAGUCAUUGUUUGGAUGGGGGGCUUUUAUCCAUUUCCGCAGUCACACAAUCAAUCAAUCAGUAGCUGAACUAGGUUCCACACAGUCACAAAAACAAAUUAACCAAAAAAGCCUCAAAAACAAAAACGCAAAAUACCGGUAAAUAGCAAAAACAAAAGUGCCAAACUCAAUCCGUUCCGGAAGUCCGUUUGACAUCCGAAAUGUUUGAAAACCAAGGCGCAGCUUCUGAUUGGUGCAGGCAAUAGCCAACAGCCACAUUGGAUGUUUGGCCUCUGAAAAACGCUUGAAACUGUAACACUUACUUCCAGGUUUUUGGUUUUUUGGAACCAAGGCUUUUGAGAAACAAGGUACCACUGUAAAUGAAUAAGGGUCAUGCACAGCCAUGUGGAAUCUACCAUGAAAUAUAGAAGAAUAUUCAGCCAGGUUAAUAUAUUUGCUAGGGCAGAGGGGAGCAGAUAAUUGUUUCUGCAAUAAAUGUAAAGUAGACUUAAUAAAUGCAAACAAAUAAGGGAGCUCUGUGUUGCAGACUUGAUUCAUUGUCUUUGAAUUUAGGUCGUGUGGCGGGGACUUGUUUCCUAGCUUUGAAACAUCACAUUCUUUGGGUACCUUACAGGACGUGAAACAAACAGAUUGGUUUCAGGAAUGGCCAGACUCCUAUGUAAAAUGCAUCUAUAGCUCUGAUGACAAAAAUGCUCAGAGGCACCUAAGUAGCUGGGCAAUGAGGAACACCAACAAUCACAACUCGCGCAUCUUAAAAAAGUCCUGCCUCGGAGUCGUGGUCUGCAGCAAUGAUUGCUCAACUUCAGAUGGGGGAAAGAUGUAUCUGAGGCCGGCUAUAUGUGACAAGGCCAGGCAAAAACAGCAGAGUAAGUAUGCUUCUUUGAAAAGGGCUUACAUUAGACUUCUUGCAGUUCAAUUUGGGUUUCCGCUGCCACAAAAAAACAUCUACUGGGUAAUCCUGGUUCAGAACCUGACUUGCAUUAGACUAGUACAUCUCCAGCCACACGUUGGAAGUAUCACAUCGUGAAGUACAUAUAAUUGUAGGGAUGGAUGGAUAUGGCCUUUCCCCCCCUCUCUCUUUCUCUUUUUUCCAGUUCACAUUUCGCCUAAUAAACACAUUUUGCAAGUGAUUUUCUUUCACAAAUGGAUGCAUUUUUAAAAGUACACUUUCCCCUUAUAUAAUAUAUGUGCAUUUUUUUAAAAAAAAAGUACACUGAGUUUACUUUAAAGUAAGUGAGCCUAGUUUACAAGCUGAUCCUGAGUAUUCUUACUUGAACAUGAGCCCUGUGUAAUUCAGUAAAACAGAUCUGCAGGUGUGUACAGAAUAGAAUAUGUACUUGGAAGGUAAAGAUUAGGACAAAAAUUAGGACAAUCAUGAAAGAAAUAUUGUGACACUCAUAGAAGAUAAAUUAAUUUCUGGAAGUCUUAAUUAUUUGAUGAAGUUUUGGGGAGAGAAUAUUCAUGCAAUCUUCUAAAUGGAAACUUUCCCAAAAGAAUGCAAUUUAUUUGGGGCAGAAAGUGAAUUAGUUCCACUAAGGAUAAUAUUGUAUCUAUAUCUAAUUAUAAGGAUCAUAUAUUGGUCCUUUACUGAGGAAUAUCAAAAUUAUUCAGGCUAAGUGAACAUGUAUAUUUUUUUGAUGGUGUAAUAACAAACAUAAGAGCUUAUAGUCUAAGGUAAUAAGCACACUCAGAAAAUCUCAAUAAAAUCAAAUGGGACUUUAUUUCAAGUAGAGGUAAGUAAGGUUGAUCAAGAUAUUAUACUGCAAUUCAAAGCUGAGAAUCCUACAGCACAAUCUAAUUUCUACACAGAAAUAUGUUCCAUUGAGUUCAAUGGGACUUACUUCCAGGUAAGGGGACAUAGGUUCACAGCCUUAGACAAGUUUGGCUUUUGUGUUUCAUUUGUGCCUACAGCACAUUUCACUUUCCAAAGAUAUUUUACCUGGACACAAGUCCCAUUGCAUUUAUUGGAACACGGGUGGCGCUAUGGGUUAAACCACAGAGCCUAGGACUUGCCGAUCAGAAGGUCGGCAGUUCGAAUCCCCGUGAUGGGGUGAGCGUCCAUUGUUUGGUCCCUGCUCCUGCCAACCUAGCAGUUCGAAAGCACAUCAAAGUGCAAGUAGAUAAAUAGGUACCGCUCUGGAGGGAAGGUAAACAGCGUUUCUAUGCGCUGCUCUAGUUCACCAGAAGUGGUUUAGUCAUGCUGGCCACAUGACCCGGAAGCUGUACACCGGCUCCCUCGGCCAAUAAAGCGAGAUGAGCGCCGCAACCCCAGAGUCAGCCAUGACUGGACCUAAUGGUCAGGGGUCCCUUUACCUUUACCUUUACACCUUUGCUACAAGCAGAGACAUCUGCUGUCAAUAACCCAACAUGAAAAGAGUAUAUUGUACCCUACACAAUGAACUUCUAACAUGACAUAAUCUUAAAACUAAGUUCAUUCAAAAUAAAAUAUUUAAUGGUACACUUGUUUCAGGAAAAUCGUGUCCCAACUGCUAUGGGCCCUUGAAGCUUAUUCCCUGCCGAGGUCAUGGUGGAUACCCUGUAACAAACUUCUGGAGACAUGAAGGACCAUUCAUAUUUUUUCAGGUUGGUAACAGUAUCUGAUUUAUUCAAGGCAAGCCUGCGGUUAUAGCUGAACUGUGCUUGGAAGAUGAGCAAACCAGGAAAUGUUUCACACUGAGCCAAAGAGAGUAUUUAAAUUGUUAGUGAGGUAUGACACCUCAGGUAAGGGGAUCCACAAAAGUUAACCAGUUGGCCAUGCUUAUACAUAAAAACAAGCCUUUUUUUCCAGCUGGAACUCUCUGGAACUCAGUUCCGGCACCUCUUAGGUGGGCGCCAUUGCCAUUCUAAGAAAAUAAGGGAGGUGUUCAGGAUGAGUUUCAACACCUCUAGAAAAACAGCAUUGCAUAAAAACAACCAUUUUAAACCAUACCAACUGCAAAGGAACUAAGAAAGAGAAACAUGAAAAUAGUAGGCACAUAGAACAUUCUCAGCUGAAUCCAGGAAAACAUCUGCCUCAGUUUUUUGAACCAGAUGGUCAAGUCCAUAGCACAUGUCACAAUUCCAUUACUUACACAUUUACUCAGAAGUAAGUCCCACUAGGUUCAAUGGUGUUUACUCUUAAAUAAAUAAAAUAACAACAACCACUAGUAGUAUUAUUAGUAUUAGUAUUAUUUUGUAUCCCACCCAGCCACUCUGGGCAGCUUCCAGCAGAAUAUAAGAAAGCAUAACAAAAUAUCAAACAUUAAAAGCUUUUCAAUACAGUCGUACCUUGGAAGUCAAACGCAAUCCAUUCCAGAAGUCUGUUCGACUUCCAAAACUUUCGGAAACCAAAGCGUGGGUCCUGAUUGGCUGCAGGAAGCUCCUGCAGCCAAUCGGAAACCACAGAAGCCCAGUCGGACGUUUGGCUCCCCAAAAUAGUUUGUAAACUGGAACGGCCACUUCUGGGUUUGUGGCAUUCGGGAGCCAAAACGUUCAAGAAUUAAGCUGUUUGUUUUUGUUUUUUAAAUAAUAUUUAUUAUUUUUUGAAAAACACUAAAAAAAGAAAAGAAAAAAAGAAAAAGAAAAACAAUACAAUACAACACAUCAAAUUAACAGAACAAGACUAAGACAAUAAAAUAAAUCAACCACUUUCAUUAUCCCAUCUUUCAUUCACUUAUUUCCACGACCUCCUCACACCUCCCUUUUUGUAUUCCACUUCUAUUAAUUAUUUCAGCAGUUCCUUUCCAUCCUCCUCUGUUUUCUAUCCUAUAAUUAUCUUAACUCAUUCUAACCUUAUUUUUUUCCUUUAAUACUCUAUUAACCUAUCUGUACUUAAUUCCUUAUAAUAUUUCUACUAAAGCCAUAUAACUUCAUUUCAACAUUUUUCUAACAUUCAUUAAUUUUACAAUAUUUCUGUAGAUAGUCUUUAAACUUUUUCCAGUCUUCUUCCACCAACUCCUCUCCCUGGUCUCGGAUUCUGCCAGUCAUUUCCGCCAGUUCCAUGUAGUCCAUCAACUUCAUCUGCCAUUCUUCCCGGGUGGGCAAAUCUUGUGUCUUCCAAUACUUCACGAUGAGUAUUCUUGCUGCUGUUGUUGCGUACAUAAAAAAGGUUCUAUCCUUCUUUGGCACCAUUUGGCCGACCAUGCCCAGGAGAAAGGCCUCUGGUUUCUUCAAGAAGGUAUAUUUAAAUACCUUUUUCAUUUCAUUAUAAAUCAUCUCCCAGAAUGUCUUAAUCCUUGGGCACGUCCACCAAAGGUGAAAGAAUGUGCCUUCAGUCUCAUUACAUUUCCAACAUUUAUUGUCAGGCAAAUGGUAAAUUUUUGCAAGCUUGACUGGUGUCAUGUACCACCUAUAAAUCAUAAGAAUUAAGCUGUUUGAAAACCAAGGUAUGACUGUACAGGGCUGCUUUCAGAUAUCUACGGAAGGUCAUAUAAUUGUUUAUGUCCUUGACAGCUGACGGGAGGGUGUUCCAUAGCACGGGCAUGACUACUGAGAAGGCCCUCUGCCUGGUUCCCUGCAACUUCACUUCUCACAAUGAAGGAACUGUCAGAAAGCCCUUGGAGCUGGACCUCACUGUCCAAGCUGAACAAUGGAGGUGGAGAUGCUCCUUUAGGUACACAGGGCUGAGGUUGUUUAGGGCUUUAAAGGUCAACACCAUGGCAUGCAGAGCACUGCAGCCACAAAUAAGCAAAAAUGAGCUAUUGAUAUGAGCCUUGGUAUAUGAAUGUAGAAGACAACUAAACAUCCACGUGGGAAUCAUCAUGGAAAUCAUGGUAGCAUUUUCCUCCAAGAUAGAAUUUCAAAAAGUUAUGUCAGAAUUCAGUCACAUAACCUUUCGGGGAAAAUAGGAGUAAAAAAUAGAAAUAGAAAUAGAUAACUCCGAUUAUCAUUCCUGUGCCUUUAUAGGUGACUAUGCUCUUAAUUUUGACCAAGGAUAAAGUUUUUUAUUGCAGUCAAUGACCAGUAUCAGGAUAAAAUCACCAAUUUUGACUAGUCUAUGAAGCCAGAUUUCCCCUGCGGAAUAACCUAUUCUAUACAUGGAUCUUUUGAGAUGGUUUUGCCAUUUCAGCAAAUUCGGCAACCCGCUUCCAUUUAAAUUGAAACUUUAAUCUAAAAUGUAAUGAGUUGCCUGAAGAAAGCCUAUGCUAUGCUAUACAUCCAACGAGACAGGCAAGCCAUUUUGGAUUCUACACCCCUUUCCUUGAGAGCAUUGUGUUGAAAACUGCCUUGUGGUUUUAUGCCCCUAUGCCUUCUUCACUUGCUGUUAUAAAGUCAAAGGGGGCUCACGAUCAUCCAAGGCCCGAAACAAAAUCAGAAGCUGAAGCAAGACGAUCGAUACAAAAAGCACACGCCCCAAGUUCUCCAAGACUUAAACGGAGCAGAGAUGCUGAGGUAAACGCUUGUUUUUUUAACUACCAACAAAAUGUCUGCCAUUAUGGCAGGUGGAUUGAAGGAGGGUAACGAGGACUGCAGUGUGUCAAGUGAGGGACCUCUAUCAAUGAGGGCUAGGCAGGUUUCUCCCUCACUGUUGCAGUGUACUCCCAACUGCAGUGGUGUACUAUUCUCUCAUCUGAAUGAAUAGCAACCAUUCAAUCAUAUGGAAAAUAGUAAUUUGGGGAUACGAUGUGGUAGAGUGGGGGCUCUCUACCCCUGGUGACUCUUCAUAGGCCUUUCCUGGGUUCUGUUUCUUGGUCACACAGGAAAGGUGUUGAAGAUAUGGAUAUAUGUUGGGAUACUGGGUUUUAUUCUGUACAGUGGUACCUCUAGUUACAAACUUAAUUCGUUCUGGAGGUCCGUUCUUAACCCGAAACUGUUCUUAACUAGAGGUGUGCUUUCGCUAAUGGGGCCUCUUGCUCCCGCUGCGCCGCUGGCACACAAUUUCCAUUCUCAUCCUGGGGCAAAGUUCUCAACUCGAGAUAACUCUUUCAGGUUAGCAGAGUUUGUAACCUGAAGCGUUUGUAACCUGAGGCGUUUGUAACUCGAGGUACCACUGUAUAAUAAAAGCCAGCAUCCUGCAUAUAUCUGUCUUUUCAAUCUGACUUCAGGUUUCAUUAUUACCGUAUUUUUCCAUGUAUAAAACGACCUUUUUUCCUGAAUUUUUUGGUGAUAAAUUGAGGGUCGUCUUAUACCCGGGUUAAUAUGUUAAGUAAGCGAGGGCUGGUGCUGCGGCGGUAUCAGGGAAAUGUCGGAGAGGAGGCUGCUUACCCGCUCUUCCCGGCUUAGGAAGAGUAGUUGGUGAGCGCCAGUAUGCGGUGUAUUACGGUACCAGUUCCGUCAGCCAGAGUGGGAGAUCGUCAAAAAGCUGCUCGACAGCUCAGCGAACUUACAAAAGAAGCUCAACAACUGUUGAGGGCUCCCAAAAAUAGGGAUUGUCUGAUACAUGGGGUCAUGUUAUACACGGAAAAAUACGGUACUUCACUUUUGGGGGUCUUAUAUGAGUACAAACAGUGCGAGAACUGUGAACCAUCGUGUGUACAGUGCUUGACAGAGCAGAGGAUGACAGUUCCCUGCCCCAGGGGGCUUACACUCUAAAUUCAGACACUGGAGAAACAACGGAGGAAGAGAAGGGAUUGGGUAAACAGAGAAGAAAUACAGUAGGGGCGGGGAAAGCUGUGGCCCUCCAGAUUUUGGUGGUCACCUCCACAUCACUCUUGGACAACUUUUAACAGGAAUGGAGAAUCUUGGGAACUGUAGUUUGUUACAUGUGCUGGGAAUUGUAUGUCUAGGAGGCAGCACCCUUAAACUGCAGCCACGACUGUUUCGGUGGUGUAAGAGUGCUUUAAAGAUAUGACGCGACCCCACCACUUCCAUCAUCCCUGACCAUUGAUGAUGCUGAUUGUGGGAUCUAGACUCCAACAAUAUACUGAGGGCAACAGCUUGGGGAAGGCUGACCUACUGUAACUAAGCAUCUAACUAAGCCUACUUGGCUUUUCAGGGACACAUGCUUAGGCGUGGUGCAUCAUUUCCAACCUACCAAAGUCUUUCCUUAGACCUGUGACAGACGGUCAAGAGGAGAAGGAAGGAAAAUGUUUCUGCAUAGCAAAUGCCUUGACAAACAGAUAUCUGUAUCAAUAAAGAUAUGUUGCCUGCAGGUUUUAAAUUAUUUUACCUAACUUCAGUCCCAUUGAUCUAUAUUUAUGUUAAUUUCAAUGGGAUUUUACUGCACUUUAAUGCACCUGCAGCAAGUUGAGCGAUCUCUCUGACAUCUACCAGUAAAUGCUGUCACAGUGAGAGAAUACUGACUUCUGAUGUGGAGCAACUUAGGAAAGGGAGUGGGGGAAAUCACCCCUAAAUUAUGCACAAGGAAGGAGGCUACCCUAGUAUGUUCCAUGACCUAAAAAAAAGAACAGGCUAAAAUUAGAUGGAUUUUCAACAUUUUCCUUGGAGUGUCACAUUACUUUUUAACUUAGGGAUGGGCUCUAAAGAAUUUGCCACUAGCAAAAUGUCUUCACAAAGUCCCCAUACAGCAGAAGCGUGUUUUGCUAUGUCUUAUUUCUGCAAGCGGUAAUUUACUACUAAUUAUCAAAAUACACCGAUAUGGAAUAAUAAUAAUAAUAAUAAUAAUAAUAAUAAUAAUAAUAAAUGGCCGCAAGUGUCUUAUCAGUGGCCCAAUGUGGGUUUUUUUGGGGGGUGGAGGAUUAAACUCGCCCCAGUUAUAAUCCUACAGCUGUGGUGUUCAAAGCAAAUUCAUUGUUCUGUGCCCAAGAGAGGUGUUUAGCAAAUGUCUGGUGUUUGUUCAAACCAUAUAGGCAAACGCUAUGCCUUUGCAGACUGCCUUGAAAUGUGGAGAACUGAAGUUGCGAAAGAUGAGGAAAAUGAGAAAAUGAGAAAAAUGAGAAAAAUGAGAAAUUGAGAAAGACUGAAAUUGAUAGGCUUGGCCAUCCCUAAUCCAGACACAGGUUUCUAGCCACAGUGACACGUUUGUCUCUUUUCAUACAUUUAGGUCAAACCACGUGCAGGCAAAAUAACUUUGAUUUAUGCAGUUGUAAAAUACAUGUUCUGAUGAGGGGGUGCGAUCCUUUUUAGAUUAGAGAGCUGUUUGGCUCCCUGGGUUUCUCUGGGUUACAUUGCAUAGCUGCAGGAGCGGAAGGAACGGACCAGGAAUCUCUGGGUCACUUAUGACAAUACACUGGCAGCCAGCUUUUGCAAAAGCAGCUGUUCAUGCAAGUGAUUUACCCACAUGAGUAAUGUAACAUUGGAGUGACUAAUUUAUAAAAAAGAUCGCCCCCUUUCUUCUGCAAACUGGAAAAUCACAACAUGGCAAUUUUCCAGUUCAUGAAAGAAGAGCUGUCGGCACUAUGAGCAGCACUGUAGAAUUUGUGGUGACUCUGCAUCGUAUUUACUGUAUAAUUCCCUCUAUUAGCAAUGUUUUUGGGGUGAGUGCUGAUUUGUCCCCACACACACACACACAUGAGGAGGGAGCAUCAGCAGGCUUAGGAGAACUCCAAGGUUUGCAGAAACCCCAAAAACCUUCAGAAAAAAGAUCUAGUAAGGUCUGAGCUUCCUCAGUCACUAGCCAGAGAAUGCUAUCUAGUGGGGGGAGGGAGGAGAAGGGAUUCAAUGGAGUAUUCUGUAAGAGGGCUUGGCUGGCUGGCAGAACCCUGAACUGGAGCACUUUGUCCAUUUGGUUGGUGCUCCUACCUGUCUCUAUUAUUUGUGCCUGCGGCAGUGAAGCUGAACUUGUGCGACGGUUCAGAAUAUCCAGUUGUUCAAGGAAGGAAAUCAUUUUCAGUCUAGUUUCUGUGAGGGAAGGGAGAGUUGUCAGUUUGGCUGGGAUUAAAAACUCUCACACAGAGGAUGAACAAGGACCACUGUAGGGAAGAUAACGAAGGAAGAGCCCAGAGGAAAGGAAACCGAAUGAAAGGUACUAAGGGGGAGGGGAAUUAAGGAAAGAUAAAUGAGAAUGAAGCUUAAGGAAAGGGAUUGAAGGCAAGGAAGAACUAAUAAAACAGAGAGGUGACGCUGGAUAAACAUAGCUGUGUUAAAAGUGAGAAGGGGCUGCAUGGUUUGGUUGGAGAGACAACAGAGUGCUAGAAGAACUCGUCAACUGUCCCAGCUACUAAGUGACAGUUGAGCAAAGUAGGCAGUGGCCUGAGGAAACAAAUAUUCAGUAGAGACAUGAAAUUAAAUAAAAGAGGGGCCAAGUAGAAGUGGAGCAAAAUUCCCAUAGAUGAAGACGGGGUGAGGAACUAGUGGCCCUCCAGAUGUUGUUGAAUUACAUUAUCCCUGACUGGGGAUAUUGACUGGGGUUGAUGGCAUUCUUGUCUAAACAUCUGGAGAGCUACUGCUUACUUUGCUCAGGUUCCCCAUCCUUGGCCUAAGAGAUAGGAGGAGCUGUGCACUGUUUGCAAGAUUGAGAACCAUAAGGUUUGCAAGAGAGAAAAGCAUAAGGACAUAGGAACAGGACUGGCCCACCCCUGAGGCUCGGUGAGGCAGUUGUCUCGGGUGGCAGGUUGAGGCCAGCUGUGAGGGGUCACAGAUCCAGGCCUCUGAGGAGCACACAGUGUGCUACCUCCUGCAUUUGUCACCUGUCUCCUCUGCUCCCACCUCCCCAGUUCCAUUUGCUCCUCUCUGGACUCCUUUUUUCUUCCCCACCACCUUCAGUGCACCAGGGCUUCCCUGGGCUACCUCUGGUCCCCUCAGGUGGAGGUGGAAGAGUGCGGGUAGAGAAGGAAGUAGCAGGGGGAACGCCAUUUUCUACUUUGCCUCAAGCAGUAGAAUAUCCUGGGAUGGCCCUGCAUAGGCAUGUCAGGCUAAGAGAAGUCUGCUACUUUGUGACCUGGCAACCUUAAGGGGGCAAAAAGGGAAAACAAGGUGGAUGAAUUUCACAUACAGAGUUGAACAACCCAGCUAAAGUCCUUUAGCUGCAGCCUUCUAGUUCAAUAGUAUCAAUCUGAGAAAUUAAGAGGGCUUUUUGUUUGGCUGCAUGAUAUUAUGAUGCAUUUUUCUCUCUUAAGUCCCUGACAGGUGAGAAGCCAAACCAGGACACUUUGCCAUUAAUAGUCUCCAAACAGGAAGACCUUAUGUCACAAAGUACCUUCAUGGGACAAGAGCAGGUGUUGAACGAUUGCUUGUCUCUUGCCAAAGGGUACAGUUCAAGAAAAUCCUCUUAUCUAAUAGAGCACACUCCGGACGUAGACUGCAGCAAAUACCUGGACAGGUGCAAACAGAUCAGAAGCAGAGAAUAUAGCUACAGAGGCCCAGCUGAACCCUCAGUAUUUGCAUAUUCUGAAUACAGAGAGCAACAAACCUGGAAUAAGACUGUGGGCCUGGGAAGAAACCCAUUAGCAGAGAAAUACUGCAGCGGCUCUCCGACAGCCCUGGCGGGUCUACACUGUGAAACCCUGGCUUCCAUAAGUGCGGUUGAUGCAGGCAUUCAGCAUGCUCCAACCAAGUGGGACCCGAUGGCAAAAGUUGGCUACCAGUCCUUCAGAUCUAAUGUAGGUACAUUCGGAGGAGAAGGCAUGUAUGAAGGAAAGCCACACCUGCAUUAUAACAGCAACCACGCUCCUUCCUCCUGCUGCCCGAUCUCUCCAGAGGAGCCCUGCCUCAUUGCAGACGCUGCCCAUCACUAUUACCAGAGCUCCUUGCCCCUGAAAGGAAACGAGUGGCACUUUGAAGAAGAAAGGAAAUACACAAAUCUGGACCACUGCAACAAUGAGAUGUUUUUUAACUUCUUCCCUUUGCGAUGA